UAUGAAUCACUGAGAUUCGAGAUUUCAUUAAAUUUUGUCGAUCUUUCCAGUGGUGUAGGAUUUCAAGACUUGAUGACGAGGCAAGGUCUACUAGAAUUUCUUGGUAAGCCGCCUUUCGUCAUGGGCAGUGAGUGCUGUGGAAAAGUCAUCGAAGUUGGUGAAGACGUCACCAAAUUUAAGGUUGGAGAUGAGGUUAUUGUUCUCGUGGACAGUGGUGCCUGGACGGAGCACCUGGUUGUUAAACCGAUUCCUGAGGAGCCGACAGAGGCCGACGGUGAUCAGGCUGAAAAUGCGAGUAAUGGAGUUCCAUUGGCUUUGGUGCUUCAUAAACCCGAUUCACUUUCGACAAAUCAGGCUGCUUCUUUCCUCAUGUCUUAUCUGCCGGCCUAUCUGCUAUUGCAUAAUGUUGCUUGUGUUCACUCAGGAGAUGUUGUUCUUGUUCAUUCUGCUGGCGGUGGCAUCCUAUGUGGCUAUGUUUGUAGCUGGCACGUCUUCGAUUUCCUUUCCAGCUAUGUUUGCUUUCUUAUAGCCUCAUCUGGUGGAAUGGGCGUUGAAGUCGCUUAG